AUGGUCCGCCGCAGCGACCAAGUCGGUCUCUCCAACACCCUGGUCGAUCUCCUGAUCUCCCUCCUGGUCCUCGUUCUGCUCGCCCUCGCCUUGGUCGGUGGCCUGUUCAUUAUCCGCCGUAAGCGUCAGUCGAACAAGGAUUCCGUCCUUCCCGUCCACAACGGCCAAAUCCCUACCAGCCAGCGCCGGUUAACGAUCACCGCCAACAAGCAUGAUUCGGUCAUGGUCUACGAUGAGAAGCGCGCCCUGAUGGAGAACUCCGAUAGCCCACCACCCAGCCCAGUUCCCGAGAUUCGCAUCACUUUCCCCGAGGAGGAAGACGAGUCUGGCCGACGCAAGUCCGGCCGUAUGGUCGUCGUACGGAUCAGUGAGGCCGGCAGCGUCGGCCUGGAACCCUGCCACGAAGAGCUGCCCCCAUACCAGACCACCGACACCGGUCGGUUCCACUCUCUGGAUAUCGAGCGUAUGGGCGGUCUGAAGGAGAAGGGAGAGUUCAAGAACUACUCUUAA